AGUUCGGUUGGUACUGAGGCAUACGAUGCCUAUGUGAAACAGUUCCAGGAAUGGGAAAAGGACGUUGAGAAACGAAGGAAGUCUCUACGGGAAAAAGCUGAGAGAGAGGCAAAUGAACUUAGAGCGCAAAAGGAAGAAGAGGAGAAAGCAAAGCGAAUUCAGGAAGCCAAAGAAGCGGCACAACUUGCACAAGUCGUACAGCAACAGCAACAGUUUGCUCAUCCACCUCCUCUGACGAAUCAGGUGUCUGCGCAAGUCUCACAUGGUCAAGGUGGUGAUCUCAACGCUGAAAAUGUCUUCAAAGAAAUGGUGAAUGUGGUAAUGGGUGCUGUGACACAACAGCCACCACCUUCCAUGCCUGGCGCACCUGGACCAGCUGGACCACCUCCGCAACUUUGGGGCAACACUAAGAUCACUUAUGACGUGAAGGAUCCACUGUUUUUACGAUGGGGUGUACGAGCCGCACCUGCUCACAAUCCACCCGUCAUACGGCCACCAAUGCCUGUCGGGCCCUGCUGGAUGGUUGAGAAUGCUCUAAAAGAGAGGAAAAUGGCUAUAGCACCUGCCCAUCUUCCACCUCCGAUGUUUAUUCAACCUCCUCCUCCCAUGUGACG